ACUCGGAAGAAGUUACGUGGAACUCUCGUCUGUAAGCAGAACGUCAUCGGCUGCUUUCUCCAGCAGAUAACGUCACUUUUUAACAGAAGUUCGACGUUUUCCCGUGAACGCCGUCCACCAGACAGGCCAAAGGACUUAAUGCCUGGUUUGUGAAACCCACAAAAGAGCAAGAAGGAGAGGAUGGGACGCUUAACAUGGGUAAUGGCGAUAGUGGGGCUCUUGGCCGCCGCCGCCGAUGGAAUAAUGUUCCAUUUGCAGCCCAACACACAAAAAUGUCUCCGGGAAGAGAUUCAUAAGGAUGUCCUCGUCUCGGGAGAGUACGAAAUCCAGGAGACACCUGGGCAGAAAGUCGAUAUUCAGGUCACAGACUCCAAGGGUCAUCACCUGUACAUAAAGGAAGAAGCUGACAGUGGCAAGUUUAUCUUCAAUACAGAAGACUACGAUGUUUAUGAUGUGUGCUUCAUCUCAAGAGUUCCUGCAACUCAGAGAGGAAUCCAGCAGGAAGUUACUCUCAACACCAAACAUGGUGUGGAAGCCAAGACCUAUGAAGCGCUGGGUGAGGCAGCCAAGUUAAAGCCGUUGGAGAUUGAGUUGAAGCGUCUGGAGGACCUCAGCGAGAGCAUUGUCCAUGACUUCUCCUACAUGAGGCAGCGUGAAGAAGAAAUGCGAGACACAAAUGAAUCAACAAAUUCCCGUGUCCUUUACCUUUCCCUGUUCUCCCUCUGCUGUUUGAUUGGACUGGCCACCUGGCAGGUACUCUACCUCCGCAAGUUCUUCAAGGCCAAGAAGCUUAUCGAGUAGAUAUCCCUCUGCCUUUUACAGGGAGAUGACACAAAAUUGACCAUAAGUGACCCAAGACUGGGCAUCAUGUUGGUUGCCCUUGAAAAUGAUAUCAUGUUAUUGAUUGAAAUCUACUGAUCAUAAAGGAAAAAAAUGAAAAUUCUUUUUCUUUUUAUUUAUGAAAAUUUUAGUCUCCAGCUGCAUUUGAAAUGUUUUUUAAUAAUUGGGGUAUUUGUUAUUGUUUAUAUACUUAACAUUUGUGUUAUGUAUAUUACUUUUUGUGAUUUAUACGGGAAAAAUAGUAACUGCAAUUAUUUAUAGAAAGACCACUGUGAAGAAAUUAUUAAGAAGAGUUUAAAAGAUUUUUUUUUUUUUUUUUUUUUUUCUUGACAUUGGUUUAAAGGUACAAAGAAUGAUCUCAGCUGCAGCCAGUGAAAGGGAUAAAGCAUUUUAACAGUUAGAUGAUAUACCAUCCAUUUCAUAAACUAUAGAAGCAUAUGAGAUACUGAUAUGCUUUAUUUAAGUUCCCUUUAUCACAAAUGCCAACUCUUUGUAUUCACAUAUUGGUUAUUAGAUCAAAUUAAUUAUUAGGGAGGUGGUUGUUUUUUAAGAAUUUAGGGGGUUUUCUUGCCUUAAUAAAAAGAGUCGCUGAGAUGAAUGUUGUACACUACAGCACAAGAUUUUCACUGUGCCUCCAUUUUGUUUAGUUUAUCUCAUUUUAUAUCAAGAACAAGUCUCACAAAUCACUUGUUAUUAAUCAUGAGGAUUGGCAUGUAGUAUGUAGUAUAGCACAUCAAGGUCUGUACAUUAAAAUAAAAGUGAAAAUCGGUAUAUAUUUUUUUUAUUGCAAAGAGGCACGUAAUUAAGUUUUCUUCAGUUUUGAACCUGCUGUUUUAACAAAGGCUAGAGGCAGGCUUUGUAUUAGAUCCUUAGUGGUGCCAGGAUAUCAUCCUCAUUUGAUAAAAGAAUCAUGACAUGCGUUCCACAGAGCGUUUCAUGUGUUGUUUAUGCAGUAAGAUUUGAGUUUUGUGUUGCCAUUUUAUUUCUUUCUCACUGUCUUUUCUCUUGAUUCUUUAGUCUACUCAAACUGAAACCUGGAUGUACAUUUUUAUCAUUUCCUUUUCUUUUGUUGUGUUGUUAAUCUUGCUACUGCAAGUUAACAGUAUCACUGCUGUGCACAUUUGUCUAAAAUAUGAGUGAGAGAUAAACUUUAGGGCUAUAGGUUCAUAGUCAGAAUAAAACACCAAUUUAUGUUGUAUGGAAGAUCAUAGGCAAUUCACUUUAUCUGAGAUAUUAAAAGAACAGAUAUUGAGCUUUUUUAUAUAUAUACAAAGUAGGGUGGUGUUAUAAAAAUAUUCUGGAGCAGUCAGCAGUUUUGUGAAUUUCCACAAAAUAUGGCUUUACUCUGCCAUUGCAUAAGUAAAUUACUUGUUGUAUGGGCUUGUUUCAUGAAAUAAUAUUUAAAUCAUCUAAGGAUUCAUUUAGAAUGAAAUGAUAAAACAAUAUGAAAGAGUAUUUCAUCACUUCUUGCAAAAGAUUCUAUUAUGUUUUAAUUGUAAAUGAAUGAUUCACAAAGUGAACAUGGUUUGUGUGUUCAGAUGAUAAUGUGCUUUUCAUAUUAUUUGAUAAAGAUUAUGCCAUGUUUGUAUAGAAUGUAAAUUUAAAUCUUUCACAUGAAUUUUGCUGAAGUUGUAGUAUAGAAGAAAUGUUUAUGACCUGUGACUGAUGUAAGCUCAUAAAUUCUUAGAUCUGGUGUGAUUGAGUGUGAAUCAGAGAGUCUUUGUCGGUAUAAAGUUCUCAUCUUGAAUAAAUAUUCAUUUGUA